AUUCAGUUUUUUUAACAAUUUCAUUCAAUCGAAAUGGUCUUCCGAUUUUUGAUUUUUAUUGUGCUGGCAGUUACUGCUCAUGCAGUGCUUUUAAGUGAUGAAGAAACAACAAACAGAAAUGGUCGCAUUAUGGGGGGCACUGCUGAAACUUUCACAGCAAUGGCAUCGAUAAGAAUUUUUACAUUUCAAGGAGAUUUUCAUAUGUGCGGUGGAUUCAUUGUUUCAACACAAUUCGUUGUCACUGCUGCUCAAUGUACCUUCCAGAGAAAUCCUUCUCAAUUAAGAGUUCGAGUUGGAAGCAACUCUAUUAAUCCACCCCACCUACAUCAGAUCAGAUGUAUUCGUUAUGCUAAUGAUUUAGAUGUCUCUUUUAACCCUACGACAAGAGAAAAUGACAUAGCUUUGCUUCGAAUGAGCACAAAUAUCGUCCUAGAUGCCACAACAUCAGCAAUAGGCUUGGCGAUGCCAAAUUCAUUCAAUGAUCCUCCAGUAGAUGUUCAUAUUUACGGUUGGGGAAUUGCUUCUCCAGGUGGAUCUGUACAAACUACUUUACAUAGAGGUGUUUUCAGAGUUACAUCACUUGCCAAUUGCAGAAUGAGUUUUCCAUCUACUGUACGCGGCUCAAUUUUGGAUACUAAUUUAUGCACUUCUUGGGCGGGUCGUGCAACUUGUUCAGGUGAUAUCGGAGGUCCAAUUGUGCAUCAGAAUCAGGUUGUUGGAAUUGUUUCUUGGGUUGAUCAAUGUACUGCAGGACAAAUUAAUGUUAAUACAAGAAUGUCUGAUUUCUCGACAUGGAUAAAUACAGCAAUCCUUAUAAAUCAAGAAUGCCCAACAGUUAUUCCUACAACUCCUCCAUUUAUUUUCUAUUCUCCAUCAAGUGAAGAAGUACUUUUUCAAUAUUAAUGAAUAAAACUAGUUUCGCUUAAAAAUUUAAUUAAUUGAAGUUUUAUUAUUUAC